AUGUUUGCCUGGAUCUCUACACUCUCACUCCCCUGUCGUCGUCCGUCCCGUCUCCCUCCCGUUGCAAUCCUGUCCUCCCGUUCUCUCUGCCCUCCCGUCGCCCUCCCGUCGCCCUCCCGUCGCCCACCCGUCGCCCACCCGUCGCCCUCCCGUCGCCCUCCCGUCGCCCUCCCGUCGCCCUCCCGUCGCCGUCCCGUCGCCCGCCCUGACGCCCGUCGUCUGUGUCGUCUCUCCCGCGAUUGCACUCGCGGUCAUCCUCUUGUCACACUCGCGAUCGCCUUCUCCUCCCCUUCCCGUCCCGUCGCCCUUGCUCUCUCCCCUCCUUUCCCGUCGCCCUUGCUCUCUCCCCUCCCUUCCCGUAGCCCUUGCUCUCUCCCCUCCCUUCCCGUAGCCCUUGCUCUCUCCCCUCCCUUCCCGUCGUCCUUGCUCUCUCCCCUCCCUUCCCGUCGCCCUUGCUCUCUCCCCUCCCGUCCCAUCGCCCUUGCUUGCUCUCUCCCCGCCCUUCCCGCCGCCCCUAAUGCAGUCGUCGUGCUUCCUGUCUCACCUCCCAACACCCACCCCUUCGCCCUGGCGCUCGCACCGAAACGCCCUAUUCUCAUCCCCCGUCCCAAUUUCUCCUCCCAUCGCCCACCACAUCGCCUUUGCUCUUGCUAUGAAACGGCCUCUCCGCGCCCUUCCUCCCUUCCCUCCCAUCACCCGACCUCUUUCCGCGAUUUUGCACACUUAUCUCUCUCCUCGCGCCCUCCUUUCCGUCGCCCUGUCUCUUUUGUUAUGUUCUAA